CUCUCUACCACAAACAAACCGUCGCCAUUGUCUAAUCGCUAGUGCAGUUCAUUGCCGUGUUGUUGUUUGUCUCCGCUCUCCGACGUCGUCCGUUCACUUUCGUCGUUCACCAGUCGUUGGAUUUUAUUUUUUGACUUCUCCAUACAUCUCGUACUCGUUUUGAACCAUGGCUCGUACUAAGCAGACCGCUCGUAAAUCUACCGGAGGUAAGGCUCCCCGUAAACAGUUGGCCACCAAAGCCGCCCGCAAAAGCGCACCCUCCACUGGAGGAGUGAAGAAACCUCAUCGUUAUCGUCCCGGUACCGUCGCUCUUCGUGAGAUCCGUCGUUACCAGAAGUCUACUGAAUUGCUGAUCCGUAAGUUGCCGUUCCAACGUUUGGUCAGAGAAAUUGCCCAGGAUUUCAAAACAGAUUUGCGUUUCCAAAGUGCGGCUAUUGGAGCUUUACAAGAAGCCAGCGAAGCAUACUUGGUCGGUUUGUUUGAAGACACCAAUUUAUGCGCUAUCCACGCCAAACGUGUCACCAUUAUGCCUAAAGAUAUUCAGUUGGCCAGACGUAUUCGUGGUGAAAGAGCCUAAUUCAUCCAUUACAUUCCUCUCAAGUGUAUUUUUUUUUCGUUUGACAAAUUUCCUGGGUUAUCUUUAUACAUAUAUACAUUUUUUUUUUUUUCGAAAAAAAAAAUUAAACUAGCUAUUACUAUCAA